AUGUUUUUGUGAGUUUCAGAGGGUUGCUCGGGUAUAGGAUUGAGGGCACUACUAUUUUACCAUAAUUAUUUAUUCCUCAAACCUUUUGCAAACUAUUACCCAUUUGUUGCAUACCAUAAAUAGUAAUCUUCCUUGAAACUUGGACUCCUAGUUGCAUGAACCUCUCUAUCCAAAUACAAGUUAUCCAAGAGCUUCAGCCAUUCUCUAUCUCUCAAUUACCUUUAUAAAACAACCCUCCAUCACCAUAUAUCACUAAUAAUUGUCUUUCUGCAAAACCAUGGUUUGUUUGCCAUGGCUUCCCCAUCAUCUCCCCUUCAUUCAGCAGCAAUUUUAUGCAUAUAUUUUGUGCUACCCGCUUUUGCAGAGCUUCAGAGGUUCCAACAUCAACCAAAACAUGAUGGAUCCCUCAACUUUCUAGUCAUUGGAGAUUGGGGUAGAAAAGGGCAUUAUAAUCAAUCCCUUGUAGCCACACAGAUGGGAAAGAUGGGAGACAAACUUGAUUUAGAUUUUGUUGUAUCAACUGGAGACAAUUUCUACAAUAGUGGGUUAAAAGGUGUAAAUGAUCCAUUAUUUCUGCAGUCAUUUUCCAACAUUUACACUGCUAAGAGCCUUAGGAAGCAAUGGUACUCUGUUUUGGGAAACCAUGACUAUAGGGGUAAUGCACUGGCACAGUUAAGUCCACUCUUGAGGAAGAUUGACAGGAGAUGGUUUUGCCAGAGAUCAUUCAUUCUUAAUGCAGGAGUUGCUGAAUUUUUCUUCAUAGACACAACCCCGUUUAUGAGAAAAUAUUUCAACAAUUCGAAUCGUCACUAUGAUUGGCGAGGCGUGCUUCCGAGGCAAAAAUACCUCAAAACCCUUCUGAAGGAUCUUGAGGAAGAAUUGAGGAAAUCAACUGCAAGAUGGAAAAUCGCUGUGGGUCACCAUGCAAUAAGAAGUAUUGGCCAUCACGGUGAUAGUCCAGAACUUGUAAAGCACCUUGUCCCAGUACUUAAGGCCAACAAUGUUGACAUGUACAUAAAUGGGCAUGACCAUUGCCUCCAACAUAUAAGCAGCACAGAUAGCCCACUUCUAUAUUUAACGAGUGGAGCGGGAUCAAAGGCAUGGAGAGGUGAUGUUAAAGAAACCCACUUUGAUGUGAAUUUUUUUUAUGAUGGUCAAGGUUUCAUGUCUGUUCAAAUGACUGAAAAUGACACAAAUUUUGCUUUCUACAAUGUCUUUGGUGAGAAGAUACACCAUUGGAAAGUGACUAAGUCCACGAUGCAUCCUUCUAUAUGAAGUAUCUUUAGUUGAUGUACAAGAAAAUGUGUACGAAAUUUUAUGUAGCCUUAUUUGUACAUAACAUCUAUCUAGUUUACCUCUUUCA